AUGGAGCACUCCGGUGUUCCGGAGACUCAGCGGGGGGUGGUGGCGAGGAAGGCAGAACAAUCUUCCUACCUCUCCCAGCGCCCCGUCCACCUCUACCUGCACCCCUCUUCUUCCCCCGACCUCCUCUCUCGGCCAAAGAAGAAGCGUCCACCGAAGAUUCCAGUGAAAGAGGAUUUUGAGAUCAUCUGGAAGAGCUUUGUCGAGGACUCAUUGUUGUACGACACGUACCCUAGUGCUCGACGCUCUGGCCAACAGCCAGAGGACAUUUCGCAUGGCAGCAGCCGCAUCUGGGUCAUGGAUGAGACAAGCAUCUCGCAGUCGCGCCUAGAGAUGGAGCGACAGGUGAUCACGCAGGGUGGCUUCUCCAAGAUGUACAACCAAUACUUGCUGCCAAACAGGAAGCGAGCGUGGGCCGGCGGCAAUGAUGAGAAGUUCAUGCAGGACAACUCGCUGUAUGUGGCAAAGCUAUCGACGUUGAAGCUCUACUUUGUCAUGCUCAAGAAUGUUAAGGAGACCGUGUGA